GUGUUUGGUGACUGUCGCGUGGAAAGAAUGUGGUUGGAUGGAGGGCGGAUUUUCUCGACGUUGACGCAGUAGAGCCCACUGUAAAUUUGAGCGGGACAGCUACAGUACCCACGUCUGCUCGUUAUAGAAGGUUCAACGUAGGAGACAAACAACUAAUACCUACAAUGUUAGCCUGCAAAAUGAAAAAUGAUGUAAUGAAGAAAUUGCACAACUCAACAUUACUUGUCUCAGUAUAGGAACUUUAGCCCCAAUACAGCGCAUAUUCGCAGCUGGUAGACAGCUUCCGCCAGCUGCCAGACCCCGUUACAAGAAUGCGGGACUCUCCCCUCAGCAAGCUCACCACCGCCACUAGGCCUGUCAGACGAUCCCAACCCAACACAUCCACCAGCGUACGCAUUCUAGAGACGAACUUUCCCAACAUGCGGUGCGGGCAGUUUUAAGUCUUACGAUAACGUUCCACUACUCCGGCCAGCACAUCUCGGCCAUCUCAUCGCUUUCCCGCACCACAUGAAUCUUGCACACCGAAUCAUCUAGGCCGAGCCGACGACCAUGGGCGCCGACAAGAUGCCGCAGCCCAAUCAAGACGAUGUUCCCUCCUCGCCCUCCUCGAAUACCCCGCCGGCCAUCAGCCUUCCGAAAACAAGAGCAGCCUCGGCGGCGGACGGGCUCAAGUCACCGAGAAUACAUUCGCCGCUUCCCAUCAGAGCAUCCAACCCCUCCGUCGCAUCCCUCUAUGCCUCGACACUCUCUCCCCCUGGAUCGAGAUCUAUGUCACCCGCCGGCCGAUCUCCGUCCCGCAUGCUUGCCAGCGCUGUUUUUGACGGUGGACAGGGCCAUUCACUUCCUGAAGAUGCAGGCGACAACCCGGGCGAGCCGCUAAGUCUUAUCUUGAAGGCGUUCGUACCGCAUGUUGCAGUCUACGCCUCCGAGGACACAGAAGAGCUCCUACACGGCAAGGGUUUCAAGGAUGGUCUCUGGGAGCUACUAAGACCAUUUGGAGAGCGUGUACAGGGGAAAGUCACUGUCAGGGAUAGCAACGGCGUUGGCCGUGUCUCAGAGGACUUUGCUCUCCGCUUUACAAGAUUUGGGCACAAUAUUGAGCAUCCAGACCCGAAAAGGUCUGGACAAAUGCAACUGCCCCAAAGUGAGGCCAAAGCAAAUGCAAAAGAAGAUCGAAAAGUGCUGGACGCCGUCGAAACACUAGUAGAGCGCCAUCUUUCCUACGCUGAAGGCACCAUGCAAAACACUACAUUUCACGACCAUACACGACGCCACUCUGUAGAAUCUGUAGCUGCGAGCCCCUACUAUGCAUUAUACCUUCGAAGACUUCUAUCCGGCUUCCCGAUUACUGCUCACGAAACAUUCGCACACCCAGUGGCAUGUGUAGUUGCCAUCAGCUCGCGAAACGAAAACCCCAUUGAAGAAUUACGACGAUUAUAUGCCGAAACGAACCAGGGCGAUAAAAAGCUUCCGCCUUGGGUUGAUAGUGAAUAUCUACGCUACUAUGUACUAGUCCACGAUGAGGAAAACGGCGACAUCACAAGGUCUAUGAGUUUAUUCGAGCAAAUGAAGCGACACCUCGGUCUACACUGCCAUUUAUUACGGCUUCGAAGCACGCAAGCAGCAGAAACUGAUGAUGACAACAUUCCUCUACCACGAAGUGACUGGAUGACAGCUUCAGAAGAAAUGGAGGAUAUCACGAAUAGUGAAAACGAUGCAGAGUUUGAAGCGCAUUCUCAUUACAUAUUUGAAUCUGAUGCAACAGCUAUUCGCACAUUUGUGAGAGAAAUGGUUACACAAUCCAUCGUUCCAACAAUGGAGCGCCACAUGACGGUUUGGAAUGACCAAGUUGCUUCUCGCCGUCGUGGUCUUACUGGCAAGUUCAUGAGCUUAUCGAAGAGGUGGACUGGCUUUGGCUCGAGCUCCAGUCGCUCAGGCGGAGCUGCAGCUACCAAAGACGGAUAUGACCCUGCUGGAUUCUAUUACGCUGCAGCUCCCGAGUCUGUCAUGCGCAAGCUUGCAGACUUUGCAUUUAUGUUGCGCGAUUGGAAACUCGCGUAUUCAACGUACGACUUAUUACGGUCUGACUUUAGCGAGUCCAAGGCUUGGAAAUACCACGCCGCAGCAAACGAGAUGGCGGCACUCAGUCUGCUGCUCACACCACAAAAUCUAACUUCGAAGACACGAGCCGAGACAAUCGACCCAAUGCUAGAGUCCGCAUAUUAUUCUUACAACACACGAUGCAGUUCGCCUUACGGUGCAUUGCGCAGUUUACUGCUUGGCCUGGAGCUACUGAAGCUCCGAGGGGGCUCCAACAUUGACGACGCCGGUCGAUGGGGUUUGCGGCUACUCGACUCAAAGAUGGUUGGCUCUGUUGGAGAUGCCCUUGUCAAGGAGCGCCUAGCUAUAUCCUACGGAUCAAAGACAGGCGUCGGCAGCUGGAGCUGGGGUAGCCGUAGACGCAAGUCUGCUGCAUGGUCUGUUCUUGCUGCGGAAACAUGGUUGCAGCAAGCCAAAUAUAUCCCGGCGUAUAGAUGCCUGCAACAUGCUCAAGAUAUAUACCAAUCGACAGAGUACACGGAGGAUAUUGGUCGAUUCAGCCAUGCUCAGAGCAUGAUUGAUGCCUUGCAGAGAGAACUUACCGACAGACUCGACAUGUACAAUGAUGGUGGCGCGGAUGCCGGUGACAAUGACGGUCAGGAUGAGAUUGAAGAAGAAAGCGAAGCGCUCACUGAUCUCCACGCCAGACGAGCAAGCGUCAGCCGGGGUGGACUGGAGACGGCACCACUGCAUGGUGAGGACCGUCAAGAUGCGCCGGAGCAAGCCUCGGCGCAAGAGGGAUUUGAUUAAAGAGCGCGGAUUGUUUAGAGCAACUUUUUUGAUGGGAAGAAGAACGGCAUGUCGGAAUGAUUAAUAGAGGAUGUCUGCUAAGUUUCAAAAGUAAUACAUCCCACCGUACAUAGACAGCAUAUAUAGGUCCUAAACCUGAGCAGCGUGGUGCUAGGUUAGAGGUGAAUGAAUUAAUUACAUG